AUGGCCCUGACAUUUGUUGGUGAAACACAAGGAGCACAAGGAGAUAUACAACAGGACGGAGUUAUCAAUGGAGAUAUACAACAGGAGAGAGUUAUCAAUGGAGAUAUACAACAGGACAGGGUUAUCAAUAGAGAUAUACAACAGGAGAGAAUUAUCAAUGGAGAUACACAACAGGAGAGAGUUAUCAAUGGAGAUAUACAACAGGACGGAGUUAUCAAUGGAGAUAUACAACAGGACGGAGUUAUCAAUAGAGCUAUACAACAGGACAGAGUUAUCAAUGGAGAUAUACAACAGGACGGAGUUAUCAAUGGAGAUAUACAACAGGACGGAGUUAUCAAUGGAGAUAUACAACAGGACGGAGUUAUCAAUGAGGAUAUACAACAGGAGAGAGUUAUCAAUGGAGAUACACAACAGGAGAGAGUUAUCAAUGGAGAUAUACAACAGGACGGAGUUAUCAAUGGAGAUAUACAACAGGACGGAGUUAUCAAUAGAGCUAUACAACAGGACAGAGUUAUCAAUAGAGAUAUACAACAGGAGAGAAUUAUCAAUGGAGAUACACAACAGGAGAGAGUUAUCAAUGGAGAUAUACAACAGGACGGAGUUAUCAAUGGAGAUAUACAACAGGACGGAGUUAUCAAUGGAGAUAUACAACAGGACAGAGUUAUCAAUGGAGAUAUACAACAGGACGGAGUUAUCAAUGGAGAUAUACAACAGGACGGAGUUAUCAAUGGAGAUAUACAACAGGACGGAGUUAUCAAUGAGGAUAUACAACAGGAGAGAGUUAUCAAUGGAGAUACACAACAGGAGAGAGUUAUCAAUGGAGAUAUACAACAGGACGGAGUUAUCAAUGGAGAUAUACAACAGGACGGAGUUAUCAAUAGAGCUAUACAACAGGACAGAGUUAUCAAUGGAGAUAUACAACAGGACGGAGUUAUCAAUGGAGAUAUACAACAGGACAGGGUUAUCAAUAGAGAUAUACAACAGGAGAGAGUUAUCAAUGGAGAUAUACAACAGGACGGAGUUAUCAAUGGAGAUAUACAACAGGACGGAGUUAUCAAUAGAGAUAUACAACAGGACGGAGUUAUCAAUGGAGAUAUACAACAGGACGGAGUUAUCAAUGGAGAUAUACAACAGGAGAGAGUUAUCAAUGGAAAUAUACAACAGGACGGAGUUAUCAAUGGAGAUAUACAACAGGACGGAGUUAUCAAUGGAGAUAUACAACAGGACGGAAUUAUCGACGGAGGUAGAGAUAUACAACAGGACGGAGUUAUCAAUGGAGAUAUACAACAGGACGGAGUUAUCAAUGGAGAUAUACAACAGGACGGAGUUAUCAAUGGGGAUAUACAACAGGACAGGGUUAUCAAUGGGGAUAUACAACAGGACGGAGUUAUCAAUGGAGAUAUACAACAGGACGGAGUUAUCAAUGGAGAUAUACAACAGGACGGAGUUAUCAAUAGAGAUAUACAACAGGACGGAGUUAUCAAUGGGGAUAUACAACAGGACAGGGUUAUCAAUGGGGAUAUACAACAGGAUGGAGUUAUCAAUGGAGAUAUACAACAGGACGGAGGUAGAGAUAUACAACAGGACGGAGUUAUCAAUGGAGAUAUACAACAGGACGGAGUUAUCAAUGAGGAUAUACAACAGGACAGGGUUAUCAAUAGAGAUAUACAACAGGACAGGGUUAUCAAUGGGGAUAUACAACAGGACAGGGUUAUCAAUUGA